CUCUCAGCCAUGAUUGCCAGACAGCAGGGUAUCCGGGGCACAUCCCGGGGCUUUAGCAGUGGCUCGGCCAUCAUUGGCGGGGGCAAGAGGGUCGCCUUCAGCUCAGCCUCCAUGUCUGGGGGUACAGGGCGCUGCUCUUCUGGGGGUUUUGGCAGCAGAAGCCUCUACAACCUCAGGGGGAACAAGAACAUCUGCAGCGUGGCUGGGUCUCCCCAAGGUUCUGGCUUUGGGUGUGCUGGGGGUUAUGGCACUGGCAGUUUUGGUGCUGGUUUCGGCAUUGGCGGCUUUGGUGGUGGAUUUGGAGGCUCCUUCGGUCGUCGGGGUGGUGCCGGCUUCCUAGUGUGCCCUGCUGGAGGGAUUCAGGAGGUCACCAUCAACCAGAGUCUUCUGACCCCGCUCCAUGUGGAAAUUGACCCUGAGAUCCAGAAAGUCCGGACUGAGGAGCGGGAGCAGAUUAAGACCCUCAACAACAAGUUCGCCUCCUUCAUCGACAAGGUGCGGUUCUUAGAGCAGCAGAAUAAAGUCCUGGAGACCAAAUGGAAGCUCCUCCAGCAGCAGACAACUACCACAUCCAGCAGAAACCUCGAUCCCUUCUUUGAGACCUAUAUCAGUGCCCUGAGGAAGCAGCUGGAUGCCCUGGCCAAUGAAAAAGGUCGUCUGCAGUCAGAGCUGAAGAUGAUGCAGGACAGUGUGGAGGACUUCAAGACCAAGUAUGAAGAUGAGAUCAACAAACGUACGGCUGCAGAAAAUGACUUUGUGGUGCUCAAGAAGGAUGUGGACGCUGCUUACAUGAACAAGGUGGAGUUGGAGGCAAAGGUGGACAGCCUCAAUGAUGAGAUCAACUUCUUGAGGAUCCUCUAUGAAGCGGAGCUGUCCCAGAUGCAGAACCACGUCAGUGACACAUCUGUGGUCCUGUCCAUGGACAACAACCGUGACUUGGACCUGGACAGCAUCAUCGCUGAGGUCCGUGCACAAUAUGAGGAGAUCGCCCAGAGGAGCAAGGCUGAGGUGGAGGCCUGGUACCAGACCAAGGUCCAGCAGCUUCAGACCUCAGUUGACCAACAUGGGGACAACCUGAAAAGCACCAAGAAUGAGAUCUCGGAGCUCAACAGGAUGAUCCAGAGGCUGCGGGUAGAGAUUGAGAAUGUCAAGAAGCAGUGCCAGACUCUGCAGACAUCUGUGGCUGAUGCCGAGCAGCGUGGGGAGCUGGCCCUCAAAGAUGCCUAUAGUAAGCGCACAGAGCUGGAGGUUGCUCUGCAGAAGGCCAAGGAGGAGCUGGCCCGGAUGCUGCGCGAGUACCAGCAGCUCCUGAGUGUGAAGCUGGCCCUGGACAUUGAGAUCGCCACCUACCGCAAGCUGCUGGAGGGAGAGGAGUGCAGGAUGUCUGGAGAGUGCCAGAGUGCUGUGAGCAUCUCGGUAGUUGGUGGUAGUGUCAGCAGUGGAGGCAUCAGCGGAGGAUUAGGCAUCAAUGGAGGAUUUGGCCUAGGUGCUGGUUUUGGCUCUGGCUCUGGAAGUGGCUUUGGGUUUAGUGGCGGUGUCAGUGGCAGUUCUGGAGGAAAGACAAUCUCUACCACUACUACUCUGACCAGAAGAUCUCAACGAUAGAGGAGAUGAGGUCUCUACAGGCCUCUGAGUCCAGCCGGGCUCAGCCCUUGUGCCUGUGAUCCAUCGCUUCACCUCUACCCUCCCUUCCUGAUGCUCGUCUUACCAAGGUCACCUCCACUCUCCCCUGGGCUCUCUCUGCUCCAAGAUGUUCUUCUCGGCUGGGACAUGGACUCUGUCCUCUUGGAGUUUGGUGGAUUCUUCUCAACUUGGGCCUCAAGACCUACCUGGAAUGAGAGCACCUUCUGCUUUCACCUCCCAUGGACAGAGGAGAAAAUGAUCAGGAGCUCCAUCUCCAGGACUGUCAGCAUUAUACAAGUGGCCAUCCCAGACCAAUCUCCCCCUACCAGAUAUCUAUGGACAUCAGAAUCAAACUCAUUGUCCAUCACCUGGCAGCACCUGGCUCUGCGAGGUCAGGACAUUUAGCUCAGUUCAUUCUUUCUGUUCAGCUUCCGGUGACUCUUCAA